AGGAACAAGAAAAGGAUGAGAACGUAGACCCCGCACACAUCAGCAAUAAUAAAAGGUUAAAAAACAUUCACUCAUGCUAAGUGCUUUGGUUCAGGCGAUUGAAAGCAUUUGAGAAAAUGGGAUCUUUGAUGGCUGGUUGGGACUCACCUGUCCCUGAUCCUAGAUCAAUGCAGUACAGGAGAAAUCGGUCACUUACUAGAGGAGAGAUCGAUGCUUACUGGAGAUUAAAGAAGAGAAUAGAAGAGGAUCAUCUCAAAGCUAUUUCCGGUCUAUCCAGUAGCAGUCAGGAUGGCGUGGACGAGGAUCAUGGAAUAGAGUUUCAGAGAUCAAGCUCCUUACCUGCAGCCACUACCAAGGAGGGGUUCAUGGACAUGGAGACUGAUCGAGCAAGUUUGGAGCAACUUAUCAAGAAAAAUGGCUGGUGGGCAAGUAGCAACUGGGCAUUCCUAAAUGAGCCGCCAGUUCUGGAACGUUCUUCUAACAAUUACACACCGCAGUUUCACGUUGCUAGCCUUGCCACCUCAAAAUCCAAUACUGGAAUCAAUGCGCAGUGAUGGCCUUUCUUCCUCUAUAUAGGACUGCUGUGUGUCCGCCGUCUAGCUUGCAUAUUCAAGCCCCUUAAUAUCUAAGCUGCUACGAGAUUCCGGAUUUACUUCUUUUAGCUAGGGUACCAGUACUUUGGUAAGAUAGUGUUCAUAUGGAGUGGACUGUGAUGAGUGGAUUUCCUAGUGUGUGUCUGUAUACAUAUAUAUUCCCUUCCCAUCUGAUCUGUACAUGUUAAGAGUGUAAAAUAGCUGGACAUGCAAGAUAAUUGACUUGUAGUAUCUGGUGUUCUUCGUAUCUACUUUUGGAUACUGUUUUCAA